AAAGGAAAUAAAUGUCCAAUUUCUUUGAAAUACAAAGUCUCUUCAAAAUGAUUCAUCGCUUCUUUCUACUGAAAAUGAAAAAUUCUGUUGGGUAAUGUCAUUUCCAAAAGUAUUUUUUCCCGACUUUUCUUUAAGGUUGCGUUUUCGCUUACCCAAACAUGUAGUGGAAAGCUCUGGACCAGAAAAUGUACAAGUUGAAAGAGAUCACACUUGGACUCGCGUCUUGGCUUUUCGAACCGAAACGACAAUGACCAAGCCAGAAAUUCGUCAAAUCCUUGAAAAACUUUAUGGAUUUGAAGUUGAAAAAGUACAUACGAGUAUUCGUCGAGGCAAAACUUACUAUCUUCGUUAUGGUCGUAUGGGACAGUUGAUGGCAACUCCCAAGAAGUUGAAGACUUCCCCUUUCAAAGUAGCAUAUGUUCGUUUAACUGAACACAUUCGAUUACCCAAAUCACCCUUAUUAGCUCUACAAGAAAUGGGAGAGAAAGCUCCGGCAUCCUUACUUCCCGUGAAUACAGAUUCUUCUGCUGCUUCUUGAAGAACGUGGUUUUAUUUGAAACUCUUAACGGAUGGGAUCGUAUUUGUUGGUUUAUAACUGAGAAGUGGAAAUAACCUUGCUGUACCAAGUAGAUAUGUUUGGUAUGCAACUCGAGAGAAGGUGAUUCCUUGUUCCAGUACGUUGUAUGUUACAAGGUUAUAGAGUAUAUAAAAAGAACAUUCUUCUUUUAUUAUAUUUUGUUUUCAC